AUGGCUCAGCCGUCAACUCCUUCCGCGCCCGGGACGCAGUCUAUCUUCGGUGGAGGCGCCCAUGGCCCCAGCCAGCCCUCGUCCUUUUCCUCGCUGAACUCGACCGUGACGCCCGGCUCCGCAGCCUCGUCCAAUAACACGUACAUCAUGCCCAACUCGCCCAUGAAGAGCCGCGCCAUGAUGGAUGGAUACAGACCCAAGGUGACUCGCACCCUUGGGCAGAGGCCGGCGUGCUUGGUCAAUGCAUCAGUGACGUACUGCGGCAACAACCAAAUCUACGCCUUCGGUGGCUUCGACCAGUAUACGGAUGAGGUAUACAACCAUGUCCUGCGUCUUGACCUUGUCAGCCAACAAUGGAGUCUUGUUGAUAACUAUGGGGACAUACCUGGAGUGCGAAUGGGUCAUACCGCAACGCUUUACCAGGGCGACAAACUUCUGGUCUUUGGCGGUGAAAACGAGCAUCGCACAUACCUCUCUGACCUGAUCAUCUUCGACCUGAAGACAGCACAUUGGACCCAGCCGCAGGUCUCGGGCCCCAUUCCCAAGGGCCGUGCCCGGCAUGCUGCUGUCUUGCACGAGGACAAGCUUUUCAUUGUGGGUGGCAUCACAGGCCACGACAGUUAUGUGCUGGACGAUAUUUGCUAUUUGGACCUCAAAACGUACACGUGGUCCCGGGCUUGGCGAUUUGUCGGCCGGUUUGAUCAUUCGGCUUAUAUCUGGGACGAUAAAGUCUGGGUGUUUGGGGGCCUGGGUGAAGACAUGGACAAGGUUAGCGACCUCUGGUGGCUGGAUCUCAAAGGCAUCCCUGCAUUCCAAGCAUCUCCGCACAUGGGGUCACUCGAGCGGCAAGCUCUCAGCAACCGCGCUAGUCCAUCAUCACGGCCAUCAUACUCGAUGGCGCCAUCGCCGGUCGUUGGUGCGUCGGGAUAUGCUGCCAAUUCCAGAACAGCGCAGGUCAGCACGCCGUCCUUUCAGCUGAAGGCUUUUGCGCCCAUGGCGCCCGGUUCGAUCUCGGCGUUGAAGUUUGUCUCUGGGUCCAACGUACCUUCACAAGGCUCAGGGAUUCACUUCCACGUCUAUUCAUCGGGGACGUUGCUCGACUUUGUGACACCGGCUGCGACAACCACAUCCAAGGACUGCUCGCUCUCGGCCCUAGACCUGUCUGGUCUCCGCUGGCAGAAACUCGCAGAGGGUCGUGAGGUCUUCAAGUCGGGCUACAGGUGGCAUUACUGUACCAUGAAUGAAGAUGGCACCAAAGCCUGGCUCCUCGGUUGUCCGACCGACCCUGGUGCAAUUGAGCUUGGCGCUAAUGGCCUGGAAGAAUAUCUCAGCGACAUCAUGGAGAUCGACCUUCGGAGAUAUGGAUUUCUGGGCAAUAAUCUCACCCCAGAUCCACGCAAUGAGCUCGUCCGACAGUCAUCGAGAAUUCGCGAUGUCGAGGCGCCUUCUCGAGGUUUAGGAUCUGAUCUUUCCAAGUUAUUCAACCAGCCACCGGAGUCUGGUAGCGGGACUGACUUUGUCAUCACCGCUCUCUCUGGCGAGUGGAGUGAGGAUGACAUCGUCGGUUCUGCACUUGUUCGGCCCAGCGACACCGAUGGAGGCCAGAAUAUUUGGCUAUCUCCAGAUACGCCAACAUCGCCACCCAUCCAUGUCCACAAGCUCAUCCUUCAGGCGCGCUGGCCUCAUUUCGCGCGCUUGUGGGCUUCUCAGAUGGCAGAGUUCCACACAAAGAAGAUGCACAUACCCGAGCCAUAUAGCGUGGUGAAAGCAUUCCUGUACUACCUGUACACAGACCGCAUCGAUCCUCCUUCGGAGGAUCCUGGCAGUGACUCGUCGCACACCCCGGCCAAUCUCUCCGAUGUUGCUGGCUUACUUGUUAUGUCGAAUAUCUACAACAUUCCCCAUCUUCGUCUGCUGUGUGUCAAUCGACUCGCCAAGGAGCUGGAUGUGGAGCACGCUUGUACAAUCUGGUAUUGCGCUGGGGUGGCAAACGAGGAGUGGCUCCGAAAACGAGCUGCAGGCUUCUGCUUGACGCACUGGGGACGGAUCGUCAGAACCAGUGGAUUCUUGCGUCUACCCCGAGCUGCGCUCGUAGAGCUUUCACAAGAGAUCGACACCGAAGGCAGAGUCAUUGGCGGCGAAGAGGUGGACUUGUUUGGAUCAGCGCUUGAUGGCGGAAGGUUCCCCGACGGCGCGAGUGGCAUUUCACGACGCAAGGAGAGCAUUGGUAGUCACCAGUCGCAGAUGCUGGAGUCGGAGAUUGAUGACGACGACGGUAUGGAGAUGAACUAG